AAUAAAGAGAAGACAGUCCCUCUGAGGACAACUUCCGGGCCUACGGGGCAGUGUGCAGUUGCAGCAGCGGACGGUAUCCCAACCAGCUAGGAGACUGCAGACAUGAGUCUGUGGUUCACCACAGCCUUCAUCGUGGUUGCGCUGGCACUUCUCAUUCGGUGGCGGAAAAAGAAGUUUUCCUAUUUCAAGGAACUUGGCAUUCCCGGACCAGAGCCCAAUCUAUUGUGGGGUAAUCUGUGGGAGUACCAUUCCUUGGGACUGCACAAAGCGUUCGACAAAUGGUGCAAGGAAUACGGCGACAUCUGCGGGUUCUACAAUGGCGACGUCCCAUUUCUCCUAGUCAAGGACCUAGAUUUCCUGGAAUACGUUUACAUCAAGAACUUCCAGAAUUUCACGGCUCGUGGGGUUACGAUGCGAACCGACCAGCAGCAUCCGAUUGUCGGCCAGAUGUUGAUUCACGUGAGCGGAGACCAGUGGAAGAGAAUGCGCAGCUGCGUCACAUCCGGCUUCACGAUCAGCAAGCUGAAACAGAUGCUCCCGCACAUCGCCGAGUCAGCGGAGGUGUUCAUGGACAUGAUCGAGCCGUACGCCGACACUGACGAAGAGGUGAACCUGCGCCUGCAAUUCCAAGCGCUCACUAUGGACUACAUCGGCCAGGCCGCCUUCGGCAUCGAGACAUGCUUCCAGCGCAAGGUGGACGACGUCUUCUUCACGACAGCUCGCCGAGUGCUACCAGGAGUGAUGACGGGGCCUGCCCACAUGAUUGCACAGAGCACCACUACACUGGGAAAUAUCAUGAAGCCUUUCUACUGGUUUCGUGGUCAAUUCAGCUCACCUACCUUCAAGGUGUUCUCGAAGGAGACCACAAAGAUGAUCGAAAAGCGCAAGGCUCACCCUAAGAUUCGAAAGCCAGAUAUUUUGCAAAAUUUGUUGGACGCAGAGCUAGAGGAAGAAGCACGGAGUGAAGCUCCGAUCAACGGUGGAGCUCCAGAGACGGAUGACGGUGAGAUAAAGAGGGUUCGACGAGCCCUUUCUCCCAGAGAAGUGAUCAUGAAUUCCACCUUGCUCUUCAUGGGAGGAUUCGAAACGACAUCGAUUGCCAUGUGCUACCUCACGUUCCUGCUCGCCAAGCACCAGGACGUUCAAGACAGGCUCAGAGAGGAAGUGACUGAAGCUGUAAAGAAAUCGGGCACACUUGACUACGAUAUGCUUACGAAGAAGCUGAGGUACCUCAUCCAAGUCGUGGAGGAAGGCCUGAGGCUGUACCCUCCUGGUGUGGCUGCAACAUCGCGGAAAGCUGAAGGAGACUUCGAGUGGAACGGCGUCAAGUUCAAGGCGGGCACAUGCAUCAUGUCCCCAACGUACCAGCUGCACAAGGAUCCUCGCUACUGGAUUGAUCCGGAUACUUUCGAUCCAGACAGGUUCAGCCCAGAGAAUGAGUCUUUGAUCCACGAGAUGGCGUUCCAGCCAUUUGGCGUGGGGCCACGGCGUUGCGUGGGUUUCCAGAUGGCCCGCUUGGAGCUUCGCUACACCUUCGCCAGACUUGUCCAGCGCUAUCGCGUCGAACUCGGCGAAUCUCAGAAAGGGGAAAUGAGAAUGGGCGGCUACGCCAUGCUUUCUGCACCAGAGAACGGACCUUGGAUCAAGUUCUACAAGCUGUGAAAACGGACAAGCAGCCGUACUAUAAACAAAGCAGCCCUAUCUAUGGUACUUCAGCGUAGAAGUGUUUCAUUGAAAAAAAAAAUGUAACCCAAAGAAAAACGAGAGACACUUAUCUUUUAAAAAUUAUGGUGAACUGGGGUAAUUCUUUGCUGAUCCGUAAGAUCAAUAUACUCACCACUGUGUGAGUAAUGUAUAUCGAAAUAGCUAAUGAAGGAGCGUUGAUGGCAGCACAGCGGUACCAAAUUGCCGCAAGAAAACACAAGUUACACUCAGUCACUCGUUUUUCGUAUCGCACUGUGUCCCAAAUAGCCUUAAUGUGACGAAGUUGCGUUAAGCUUGCUGCUUUUUGCCCACGGAAUAAUGCACUGUGUGUUUCGUUUAUUACCCUGUGAUUCCAUCUAUUAAAUGCCGCGCGCGCAAACUGGGGUACUAUUAAGUAUGCGAUUCUGUGUUCGUAUACUAGAGAAAGCCCAUUUCAUUUAUUGCUUUUCUGUAGUUUCCGCACGUAGAUCUCUUUCCAAACGUAUGUUGCUUUUAAUAAAUGCAGUAUUGUUAAAUAUGCGGCGGCAAGAGAAAAAAAAAGUCAGGAAGAACACCAUAUAUACCAGGUACAGUCGAAACAUACAAAACUCUGGUUGGCCUUAAUUAACGCCACUGCAUUUCUGACAAGAUUUCUGUGCAGAUUCUGUACAUGAACGAAUACUAGCAAAUUAUAGUGACUGACCUAUACUAUGCUUACAAUGUCGUCCGCACUAAACCUUAGCUAUCACAUAAAAUCAGUAACUCCGUGUUGUUCACUUAUGAAAGGAACUGUGCUUUUUAGAGGAAUCACCGCACAGCCCGUAUAGGUGGUGGGGUCAUGAUCGCGGUGUCAGAUGGUAUAACCUCGUACCAGGGUCCGCGUUCUUCACCUCUUGAGGUUCUGUGUCCAUAUACCUUACUUAGAAGGAUACCUUUAAAUGUGCCAGUUGCCAAUCACCCAAAAGGGCGCCUACAUUGGUUGAUGAUUUCUUCGAUUGUUUAAAUGCACAGACAAUCAGAGAUCCAAACGACACAUUUUCUUUAUUUUACAAAAUUUCAACUACCCUGCCGUAUUGUGAAAUAAUAGCGGUUCUUUGGCAAGUUCUGAUUCAGCGGGGUGUGCAGUUUUUAUAGAAUUGUAUGAUACCAUUAUUCUUCAUCAGCUUGCGAAAGAGCCCACUCAAUUAACUUGUUCAUCAGCGAAUACAUCAGACCUUGUACUGAUGAUUUCUCUGAAACAUAUUUCGCCAGUAACGCUUUUGUCCAGCUUCAGUGAUCAAGGCUUGCGUACGGGCUAGUUGAUAUUCCAUGGUUUCAAACAUCACUUACAGCGCAUACAUAGACAAAGGAUCAAAAGAAUGACGAAGACAAACGCUUUUUGAAGAAACCGCUAUCUUAGCUUGGUAUUGUAAGUAAUGCACUAGACUUAUCAUUGAGGCAGCAGGUGACUCAGUUAGUAAGCCGUCAAUUGCAUGAACAGAAAAAGAACGGGUUUUUCUGAGGUCGCACAUGCGCUUUCGUUCAUCUUAGGCGACGGUCAUGGUUUCUUUGAAUUUUGAAUGCAUAUUCAUGUCGGUUUGAUGCUUUGUGGGGGGGUGCUUUUGUCUUCGUAUCUCAGUAUAUAUGCGUGUUACUUAAGAUAAAAAUCAGUUGGAAGUACAGCGGCUGUCUUCGUCGUUCUUUUGGUCCCUUGUCUAUAUUUGCGCUGUAAGUGAUGUUUGAUUUAGUCAUCAUCCUGUUUUUCAAUUUCAGAGCACCAUCAUCUCAAAUGUGACCAUAAACACAUUACGAAGUAAUCCGCAUUUGUAAUAAAACUAACUUCAAAGCAAUUAUUGCUGAGCUAGUAAGCUUUGCUGAUGAAUAUUUUCCAAAUUUCCGGGAGUGACAAUUUUUCAAGGACCAUAGUAAAGGCCUUCGUAUAAAGAUAUAUUGAUGUUCACGGUAUACGUACUUGUAAACGCGCGCCAUGGUUUAACUUAUAUUUAAGCCGUCUAUCAAAUUAUAAGAAAUGUAGGUUUCCUCGCUGAUUUCAAAUUACAACAAAGGCUCUUCACAGCGCUAAGCAUACAUGUCGAACACUCCUCCUACCUUGUUAAUCACUAAUGCGCGCAAAUUCAGGAAUAUGAUCAACACACAAAAGCGUAAAUAUGUAACCUUGAAAUAUGAAAACGGCGUCUAGUUCUUCUUGAGCAACGCUAUCACGCACUGAAUGAAACAAUUUCGCUGCA